CGGAGAGAAACGUGGAGGAUGAAGACUCACUGAGAACAAAAUAAAGCCAGGAUUCAGACUCAGACCACAACAUUUCGUCGCAUUUUGAGGCUUCGCUUCAAAUCCUUAAUAGCCCGUGUGUCUGACGUGACGCCAGCGGGCUGGCUCCAGAACACGUCUCCACUACAAUGUAGGCACUAAAAUCAAGAGAGAAUCAGCCUGAAGAAGUUGACGUCAAGCAGAAGGAUGAAGCUUUUGUUCUAGCGGCACUGCCAAGUGCUGAGGUGGAACAGCUGUGCCGAAAACAAAAGCAGAAGAUAAGCCGAGAGAAGGCGCGGGAGGCAGCGGACUGUCAAUCAUUGACGCCAACGCUUUGUGUACGCCAUUGUCACCCAACGCUUCCUUCUGCGGCUGGUUUUAUUUGUUCAGUCGCUCUCACGGUUCCAGCAGGAAAGGAUUGGAGCCUGAGCAAUUUGCCUUAUCGCCAUCGGGAAUCGGAAGAGCGGGACGCUCCAGCCGCCGUCAGUAUGUGCCAUGUCAUCGUCACCUGCCGCUCCAUGCUGUGGACUCUGCUGAGUAUUGUGGCUGCGUUCGGAGAGCUCAUCGCCUUCAUGAGCACUGACUGGCUGGUGGGCUUCCCCCGCACCCCCGAUGCCGUCUUCAGCCCCCAUGGGGCCACAACGGCCGGGGAGGCCUACCGACCCACUUUAGGCAUCUAUGGCCGCUGUAUAAAACUGCCCCACAUGCAGCGCGGUAUACUUUGCGGACCAUACGCGGUGCACUUCAGCGAGAUUGCCAGCAGGUUCUGGCAGGCCACGUCUAUCUUCCUGGCGGCGGGGAUCCUGCUGCUGUUGGCGCCGGUGGCGUUCAUCUCGAUCUUCACCAUGUGCUUCCAGAGCAUCAUGAAGAAGAGCAUCUUCAACGUAUGUGGACUGCUGCAAGGGAUCGCAGGUGAGCAUGCGCGUUCUAACGUCAACACGAAAGCUUGUUUGUCUGAGAGGUUGCACACGUUUCGCCCUAAACAUCGCAGCUCCCACCGCCGAAAGAAAGCCUUCGACUCAGUGACCUUUAACCUGAGCAAUCAGAGGCUUUCAGAGGCACAAUUAGCUUGUUUUUACUCCCAACGCUGUCGCUCGGAGAAACUGCCACCCAAAUAUUUACUUUAG